UGCCUCCCAGUAGCAGACUGUCGGCUUACAGAAUGGGAUCACAAGCAGCGUAGUGUGGUACCCGGAACAAACGGUCAUGCCGCUGUUGAGAGUGAUAUUGAUGUUUAUACACAAGUGUUGCUGCCUUGUGAUAGUGUCGGAAAGAGAGAGAGAGUGACAAAGAUAGAGAAAGUGACGUGAGUGAGAACAGAGAGGAAACAUGAAAUAUAUGCUCCCUCAACUGUAAUACUUCCGCCAACUUCCGCUACCAAGAUCAUCUCGUCUGCGCCAGCUAUGGCAUCCAAACAGUCAUCAUCUCUUCAAGGCGAUAAAGAGACACUGGAUGAAUGUAAAUGCCCAAUUUGUAUGUAUAUUCUUAUCGAGCCUGUGACACUUCCAUGUGCCCACGAGCUUUGUAUGCCAUGUUACAAGAAAAACGUUGAAGAAGGCAGCUUUACGUGCCCGUUAUGUCGCACACGAAUAUCCAACUGGGCUCGUAAAGCGACGAAAAACAACACUCUUUUGGACCAGAAACGCUGGGAACAAGUUAAGAAAUUAUUCCCUGAAAAAGUUCAAAGACGUCUUGAUGGAUUAGACGACGUAACUGACGAAGAUGAUAUGAAUGACAACGAAGAAAUCGAUUUGCAGUACAGGCGAAUAGUGCAACUGUCCAAACCUGGAGAGAUUCGAGAAGAAUAUGAAGCAGAAGUGAAAAGGUUGGAUCAUGGAGCAGAAGAGGAGAGAAGGAGGGAAGAGGAGGCAAGUGUUGCUCUGAUACAGGAACUUGUUACUGAAGACAAUCAACACAUUCAAAAGAAUCAACAUUUACAGCAGAAAAUUGCUAGACAAGAUGAAAAGUUGGCACAGGAAUCCACAGCGGUAAAUCCUUGUGCAGAAACUUUUAAAACGAAAACAUCUGUUCAUCUGGCUAAAUCAAAAAACAUCUCAACAAAGACUUUGCUUUUGUCUAGAGAUUCAAAGGGAGCAAACACCAAGCUUAAAACAGUUUUUAAGGACCCUAUUAAAAUAGAGCCUCAAACAUCUUGCAAAAGAAAGGUUCCAAAAAUUGAGGAUAGUAACUCCUCAGACCUUUCAAGAGAGUCUCCAUCUAAGAGCAGGAAAGAUAGGGGGAACAGCAGCAAUGAAGAUGAUGAAGUGGGGUUGAGCCAAGAAGAGAGAGAUUAUCGUUUUGCUUUACAGCUUCAGAAACAGUUUCGUCUUGCAGACAAACUCCAUCUCAAGGUUUUACGCUUCAAGGGCUCAAAGGAUGCAUACAGUCUGCGAAAAAGGAGUCAACGCAAAUGAACUUUAUAUGGCUGAAAUGUUUUAACAACCAAUAUUUCUAUGUUGGACAUACUAGAUUUUGUGAGUUUUAGGAGUUUUAGUUUGGAUUUCUUCAGAAAGGCUAGUUUCAGCAUGUUUUUACAUCCUACAACCUAUUUAAUUUGAAAGAAUUUUUGGGUCAAGUGUUCUAUUUUCUUUUCAAAUAUUUUUCUUUAAAUAGUUUUAUUUACAAUUUGCGCAAAAUGCAUUUUGUACUUUUCGCUUAUAUUCCUCAUAAUUCAAAAUCAGAGUGAUGCAAAUAUUGCAUUUGUUCUUGUUGGCCAGAUUGUUAUUCAUUGUAGUUUCUUACCAGCACAGAUAAGCAAUCAUAAUCAACAGUUCAAUUGAACAAUGUAUAAGGAAACUGACAUGUGAUAAAAACUAUCCCAGAGGUUUUUGGGAGAUUAGUAUUCAAUAGCUUUUAAGGGUUGGUCAGCUGUUAAUGUAAUAAAGGUCAUUGAUGUGUGAAGAAUUCUUGACAACGUACAAAAAGAUCUUUCUUGCGGGAUUAUAAAAUCUAGGGUUAAUUUAUCCCUUAUUUUUUAAACCUAAGCAGUUGUUUGUUUAUUUAUUCACUUUAAUGCCAUUUUAUUUAUAAU